CAUCCACCAGCGCCAAGACUGCAACGGGACAGCUCAGGCACAAGGCACCUUGUUUUUUCCCACUUCUGUGAUUCCUGCAGUGCUGAGGACAUUUGGACUUUAAAGGUGAGAAGCAGAACUGAGAAGGAAGCCCUCAGAUUUCAGAGAACAUCCAUUUUUGGCUGCACGGGGACCAGCACUUGGAGUGGAGAUGGGGAACAUGGACGGGAAAAGCGUGGAGGAGCUGAGCACCACCGAGUGCCACCAGUGGUAUAAGAAGUUCAUGACAGAGUGUCCUUCUGGCCAGCUCACCCUGUAUGAGUUCAAACAGUUUUUUGGCUUGAGAAACCUGAGUCCAGCAGCAAACAGCUACGUUGAGCAAAUGUUUGAGACAUUUGACUUUAAUAAGGAUGGCUACAUGGAUUUUAUGGAGUAUGUGGCAGCUCUGAGUCUGGUCCUGAAAGGGAAGGUGGAUCAGAAGCUGAAAUGGUAUUUCAAGCUCUACGAUGUGGAUGGGAACGGCUGCAUUGACCGGGGAGAGCUGCUGAACAUCAUCAAAGCUAUCCGAGCUAUCAACCGGUGCCAGGAGACGGUGACUGCUGAGGAGUUCACAAACAUGGUGUUUGACAAAAUCGACAUAAACGGAGAUGGUGAGCUCUCCUUGGAAGAGUUCAUGGAUGGUGUGCAAAAGGAUCAGGAGCUGCUCGAGAUCCUCACCCGUAGCCUGGACCUGACACACAUCGUCCAGCUGAUCCAGAACGACGGGAAGAGAGGGAACGAGGGGGAGCAGGGAGUGGAGGCUGCCCAGUAG